AUGGCAGACUACGAGGUCAUGGGUAAGAACAAGCAAGGUCGGAAAAUCUACAGCGACAUCAACCCGUCGUUACCAAUCCACGACAGCCGUGAGAGCGAAGGAGAUUAUUGCGAGUCGCCCGAUCUCCUCAGCAAGCAGCGACUCCUUGGACCUAUUCCCAAGGGUAGGAAGCACAUCAUCUUCGCACCUUGGACUUUCGUGUCUAUAGUCAUCAUAUGCGCCGUCACUGCAUACGCCCUUUUCGUCCUCAAUCUCAGGCAUCAAGAUCAACGUUGGAAAAUGCAAUCGUCAGCUGGAACGGACACCUCGAUAUUCAAUUUCGGUCCUUCGCCUCCAAUAUCUGGACUCAACUUUCCACAAGAAUACCCCAAACUUGACAUCGAUCAUUCCACGCUGGAUUGCAGGAACGCGUGGCACAGACUCGUUUCUGUUCCCUGCCAUGAGCAGAUUUGGACCAGAAGUUGGGACUAUGGCAAUUACGAUUUCCGUGAACCUGACCUGAACCGCUUCCUUCCGUUGAUCUGUAAAGAAGAUUGCACCACCGCCCUCAACGAGGCUCAAAACAGGAUCAGCAAUUCAUGCAGUGCGCAAGAUCAUUUCAAACUUCUUGGCUAUGAGGGCAGGUUCAAUACUACUCUCUUGGAGCCAAAUCCAGUGGCUGUGAUGGACAUGUUGGUGGCACGUCAGACUCACGACUGCCGGACGAGCCCAAUUGGUGACGCGGAGCGUGGAUAUUGCAUGACCGAUCUGCAGGAGCGAUGGUCUAUCCUUGAUGGGUUGAUGGUUGAACCUCUGCACGGCAUCGACCAAUUCUUACUUGAGACCAAUCGAUACAGGAUCGAGUCCGGAAAGCGGAUGGCUGGCAUUUUUGGCGGAAGAGACUGGCUCGACGAAUACAAUUACAUGCGCGAGGAAAGGAGAUUUGGGCCUGGGCGAGGUGAAACAUUGUGCAGCUAUUGUACACUGGACUGGCUCGGCAGGAAAAUGAAAAGUUGGAAGCCAGACUUGAUUUACGACGAAGAUGGGUUACCUAUGGAGCUGCCAGUUUACGUGGCGAGGAUAUCAAAGGCAGGCCGGAGGUGUGCAGGCGAGAACUUCACGAUGAUGUGGGCAGACGCCGUAGAUCAUUACGAGGAGCAAGGCUUACUUGAUCGUGAGGGCCAAUGGUUACGUAAGCCGUCAGGCAACAAGUUGUAUCUCUUCCAGCAUGGUCCUUCUGCUGGAGAUACUCCUCUUCCGGAAAUCCGAGACUACCUCGAGGAGAUGGGAGACUGGCAAAGUAGCCAUCCAUAUCUAUCCGACAACGAAGGUGAGGAGCUUGACAAUCAUACUUCGUGCCUUCAAGGGUUGCACGAAGAAAUACUCUCGAUGACAUCCCAGCGAACUGCUCUCCUAACCUCAACAACUCCACAUCCUCUCACCAUUCUUCAAAUCAUCAAAAUUCUCUACAAAGUCCAACAACUCGAAAUAAAGCCACCACAACAGAAUACCAUGCCUUCUCUUUUCAAGAUCAUGAUCGCCGUCGUGUUUUACCUCCUCUGCACCGUCGCCGCUCUAUCGCCAACACUCGAGCCCCACAUGCGCGACCUCAGCAUCGGAUACCACGCUCUUAUCACGAAUCUCCGCCAUCACGAGUCCCAGACAACAGGACCUUAUACCAAGGCCCUACUGGAGCAGAUGGUAGACGUCAAAACACAAAUCAGUCACAUGGUUCGUGAGAUGGGAUGUCUCGACGAGAUGAAGCCUGCCCUGUUGUGUAUGGUGAUGGCAGUGGAGGUCAAGCGAUUGGAAGCCGAGAUCGUGACCAAGGCGCUGGAAUGGUACGAUUUUGAGAAGGAAAAGGACGCAAAGGCAAAAGCAAAGGCUUAG